UUCUUCUUUUGCACACAACCUGCAACACACGGCCUUCUCUUCUCUCUUACUCUUAACAAAACCAACUCGCAGCGCACUCACUCUCUCUCUCUCUCUCUACAAUGGCUCUUCGCUCUCUCUUUGUUUUCAUGGUGGUGGCUGCGUUGUUGUUGAGCGCCACAAUGGCUCAAACUCCGGCUACCUCGCCGGUGGCUACUCCUCACAAGAAAGCUAAGCAUCACUCAUCUCACGCUCUUUCUCCCUCUCCCGCCGUUUCACCUUCCGCCGGAGGUUCUCCACUCUCAUCCGAGGGUGCCGUCUCUCCCUCCUCCAUUUCUACUUCACCUUCCGGAGCACCAGGACCGGCUCAAAGCGCUGCCGUUUUGAACAGAUUCACCGUCGUUUCUUCUGCUGCCGUUGUUUUCUUCUCUGCUGCUCUACUAUUGUAGAUCUAGUUUCAUGGAUCUUGCUUUUUUGAUUCGUGUACUGUCGUUUCUUUUUUUUCUGGUGUGUUAUAGCUUGUGUUACUGAGUAUUCACCAUUUAUUUGAUUAUUUUGUGUAUUCUAUUAAUUAAUAUAUUAUAUAUUAUAUAUUUUGCUAUGAA